AUGAAGGGAAAGAAGGAGAAGAAAAGAGAACAAAAGACUGGAUGGGUGGAAUUGAUUGGAAAGGAGCCUUCAAAAGACAAGGCAGUGGGAAAGGAAAGUGCCUUUAGGGAGGACCAGACAAGAAAGGAGGCGUGGCCCCAGCACCGGGUCCGGUAA